AUGCUACACGUCGCCAGUCACCUCCUUCUCAGUACGUAUUUUCAGGACGUGGUCCGUCAGGAAUUCUCGGCCGAGGGUGAAGUUGACCCGGACUGGCGCUACCGAGUCAACAACGGGGCCGGUCUCCGGCAAUUCGUCACGCCUCUUCCUUUGGGCUUCACUACCUACGACGGUUCUGUUGUCUCCGGAUCCACCGAUGUUAAUUCCACCUCAGUCUGCACGAACCAUUUGUACUUUGGAGAGACGCAGUCCAGUGGGUAUCCUAUUGUAUUGUCGCCCAUCAUGGAAGCUUCAACCUUGGAGGGUGAUAAACCGUCCGCCGUUCCUACCCAAGGACCAUAUAGAGCCCAUAUAGACGAGGUGCCGAUGCAAAGGUAUCCCACCCAACCCAUGAAUCCCAACGCGUCUCAACCCUCACCAAAUUUUCAGAGGGCCCGCCAACCAACCAAACGGGGAAACCUCCAUACACCCAAACCUGGCUCAGCUUACGACGGACAUCAACCCCGACUCACACCGUUCGAAGUCGCAUACAAAAGCAGCUCUGGUCAACGCACCAGACCUCCCCCAAAAGAGCUUCGUGAUGACGCCAUGCCGCGGCGCAAUGACACCUUCACAUAA